CCAACAGAAAAUGAAUAAAAUAAGUGCAAAGAAAAUUAAGCCGGAGCCAAAACGGUGUCGUUUAACUACGAAAGUAAAAUAAGUUUUGGCUCCCAGGCCCAGCGAUAAAUCGCUCCGACUGUAAUCAAAGACCAAGAACAGAGAAGAUCGAGUAAAGCAGCCAACAUGGCGUUCAUCGGUUGCCGGCGCACAAUAACAUCGGUCAUUUCCCGAACACUAUCUUCUCAAUCUGUAUGUCGUUUCUCUUUACCUCUUCUCGAUAAGAACCCACUACUACAGCCCCAGAUCUUCAAGAACUCAGUUUGCAGCUCGCCUCGUUUCAAAAUAAGCGGGUCGGGCUACUCGCCUCUCAACGACCCUUCUCCCAACUGGAGCAACCGUCCACCGAAGGAGACAAUCUUGCUCGAUGGUUGCGACUACGAGCACUGGCUUAUUGUUAUGGAGUUCCCUAACGAUCCCAAGCCUACCGAAGACGAGAUGAUCAACGCCUAUGUCAAAACACUCGCUACUGUUUUUGGCAGCGAGGAGGAGGCGAAGAAGAAGAUAUACUCGGUGUGUACGACGACAUAUACUGGAUUUGGUGCUCUGAUCUCUGAAGAGCUCUCUUACAAAGUUAAAGGGCUACCUGGUGUUCUUUGGGUUUUGCCAGAUUCAUACCUUGAUGUCCCCAACAAAGAUUAUGGAGGUGAUUUGUUUAUCGAUGGGAAAGUUAUCCAUAGGCCACAGUAUAGAUUCAAUGAAAGGCAGCAAAAUAGUAGGAACAGGCCUCGCCCGCGAUAUGAUAGGCGCUGAGAAACAAUGCAGGUUGAGAGAAGAGAACCAAUGCAAAGACAGAACUGGUCUCAAAAUCAGACUGCACCCAUGCAGCAACCAAUAUCAAUGAAUAACCAGAAUUCUGCUCAAGGUGGAGGGUCAGAUUUCUAGUGAAGAAAGGAUAGUUUGUCUAGAAACAUGCUUCAAAUUCUCAGAUUAACGUUCAUUGUUGCAUUUCUUGUUUGGUGGAUAACAACCAGGUUUUCCUGCUUUCUUUGUUUCAUUGCAAAUUUAUGCAUAUUUUUGGUCAUUAGGCAAUCAAAAAUUGAAUAAUUAAGUGGUCA